CGAAAGAAAGAAAGAAACGGGGGAAGAAAGAAGCGAGGAAGGAAAGAAAGAAAGAGCUGGGCGAAAGAAGAAGAGCGAGGCACGCCGAGAGAGAGAGGGACGCACCACCGAGCAACCAGGGGGGAACCCGAACCCCCCAAAGGCUCCCUUAGCCUAUUUCGCGUGUGUGCGUGUCUCGUGUGUGCGCGCGCGUCCCGUGUGUGCUUUUUUUGUUUGUUUUCUUUGGCCAGGGCUUUUUCUUUUUCUUUUUCUUUUCCCUCCCCCCCUCCCUCCUUCCCUCCCUCCCGUCCUCCUCCUCUCUUCUCCCUCCCUGCCUCCCUGGUUGAUGUUUCUACAGCUUCGCCAAACUCCGAGCGGGGCAUCCGAUCCCAGCACUCCCACCGGCGGCAGCAGCGGGAGGAGGCGGCGGCGCAGCAAGGACGGGGUUCCGGAGCGCCGCGCCGAGCGUGGGAUCUUCUGCCGCGGCGCCUUUCGCUCUUCUCCUCCAGCGGCCGCGCGCCGGAGUUGCUGCUGCUGCUGCUGCUGCUGCCGCCGCCGCCGCCGCCGCUGCUACGAGCUUUCCCCCCUCUCUGGCUUUCGAUGGCUUUCCUGAAUGGCUGACUGCGGGCUUCUCUGGAUCUGGCCCCCAGACACCAGCCUCUCCUCCUGCAACUCUGCUCGGCUCCCCGAGAGAGAGGGAGGGGGGCACCUCUGAAGAGAAUCGCCUCUCUCUCUCUCUCUCUCUCUCUUCCUCUUUUGUAUUUUUGUUGUACUUUUCUCCUUUAUUCAUUUGCUACCAGACAAUCGCCUCCAACCUCUUUGCUCUGUUUCCCCCUUCCUCGUCCCCUCUCUUCUUUCUUCCUCUCUCUCUCUCUUUCCUCGUUCUUGCUCUACUUUUCUUCCCCUCCCCACCCCACUUUGGUGACCCGCAUUGCUGACUUUAUUUUGGGGGACUGCCCAGCAAGGAAAAAGUGGGGCGCAAGCAAGCAAAGAAAAAAAAAGGACAUUAAAUUAAUUUAAAAAGAAAGGACCAGAGGAGGGUAGAAGAGAAGAAGAAAAAGAAGGGAAACCGCACACAAGCCGAACAACUUCCACAAAAAAGGGAAAAAAAGAAGGGGGGAACAAAAACUCGCCAACGCGAACUGGGGAGGACAGCAAAAGAAAGAGAAAAGAAAUAAAAACAAAGGUGGACUAAAUUAUAUAUUUAUAUCUAUCUAUAUCUAGACAGAGAGAUAAAUAGGUCUCUCUCGCAAGGACGCUUCCUAGCUGAAGAGCUGCGGGCUCAGCCCUCGGAAGAAGCGGAUCCGCUGGCAACCGAAAGCUACGGGGGGCGAGCAAUUUGGCCAAGGUGUCCCAUAGAUAUGGCAAUGGUAGUUGGCACGUGGCGAGACCCGCAGGACGAUGUGGCCGGCCCGCAAGGAACGCAGCCUUCGCAAGCGCCCCCUGUGCCGGGACCCCCGACGGGCGCCCCGCACACCCCGCAGACGCCGGGCCAAGGGGGCCCUCCCAGCACGCCCGCGCAGACCAACCAAGGCAGCCAGCAGAGCCAGGGCGAGAAGCAGCAGCAGCAGCAGCACAUCGAGUGCGUGGUGUGCGGGGACAAGUCCAGCGGCAAGCACUACGGGCAAUUCACGUGUGAAGGCUGCAAGAGUUUCUUCAAGCGCAGCGUCCGCAGGAACCUCAGCUACACGUGCCGCGCCAACCGGAACUGUCCCAUUGACCAACAUCACCGCAACCAGUGCCAAUAUUGUCGCCUCAAAAAAUGCCUCAAGGUUGGAAUGAGACGGGAAGUUUCUUCCUUAUUUACUGCAGCCGUCCAGAGGGGCAGAAUGCCACCUACUCAGCCGACCCACGGCCAGUUCGCCUUAACCAACGGAGACCCCCUGAACUGCCACUCGUACCUCUCCGGAUAUAUCUCCCUGUUGCUGAGGGCAGAGCCUUACCCGACCUCGCGCUUCGGCAGCCAGUGCAUGCAACCCAACAACAUUAUGGGCAUCGAGAACAUUUGCGAGCUGGCGGCUCGGAUGCUUUUCAGCGCCGUCGAGUGGGCCCGGAAUAUCCCCUUUUUCCCCGACCUCCAGAUCACCGACCAGGUGGCCUUGCUGAGGUUAACCUGGAGUGAGUUGUUUGUCCUCAACGCGGCCCAGUGCUCCAUGCCCCUCCACGUCGCCCCGCUCCUGGCUGCCGCCGGCCUGCACGCCUCGCCCAUGUCCGCCGACCGAGUUGUAGCCUUUAUGGACCACAUACGAAUCUUCCAAGAACAGGUCGAGAAACUUAAGGCCUUACACGUGGAUUCGGCGGAAUACAGCUGCUUGAAGGCCAUCGUCCUUUUCACCUCAGAUGCGUGUGGUCUCUCCGACGUAGCCCACGUUGAAAGUUUACAAGAGAAGUCCCAGUGUGCGUUGGAAGAGUACGUAAGGAGUCAAUAUCCGAACCAGCCUACGCGAUUUGGAAAACUGUUGUUACGCCUCCCAUCUCUCCGCACCGUCUCUUCCUCAGUCAUAGAGCAAUUGUUUUUCGUCCGUUUGGUAGGUAAAACCCCCAUAGAAACCCUUAUCAGGGAUAUGUUACUGUCUGGAAGCAGUUUUAACUGGCCUUAUAUGGCCAUUCAAUAAGGGGAAAAAAUGUUGGAGAGAGGAAAAAAAACAAACCCACAGAUGAGAGAAUUUGAAAAAAAAAUAAAAUUGGAAAUUUUGGAACGGAGGAUUUUUGCGAGUGACUUUGGGGUCUGGCGGUUGUUUAAACGUCCUUCAGCUAAGCAAGGAUGUUGCAUCGUGGCUAAAAAUGAAGAGAGAAUAAUUGGAAUGGACUGAAUACUAAUUAAAAAAAAAAGACUUGUGAUAUGAACUUUUUACAGACUGAAUUAAGAAUUCCCCUGUUGUCCAGAAGUUGCUACUUCUUUCUCUCUCUCUCUCUCUCUCUCUCUCUCUCUCUCUCUCUCUCUCGUUGUUUUUUAAAAGAAAAGGGGAAAGGAAUUUUUUUCUUUUUUUCUUUUCUCUGGGGUGUUUAACUUGAAACACAAUCUCUUGCUAAAAGUGCAUUUAAAAGAAAUCUGGAGAAAAUUAAUGGAAUGGAAACAAGUCUCUCUCUAUCUCUCUAUCUCUCUCUCUCUCUUUUCCAAAUUAUUAAUUUGUCCUAUGUUGUCUGUGUACCUAUAGGGUUUUGUUUGGGGUUUUUUUUUGUAUUUUUUCUGGUUCCAAACCAGUUUAUUCUGUGGUUCUAUAAUAAUUUUGAUAUAAUCUUGCCUUCAUUUUAAAAAAAAAAAACAACUACAACUGUGUAUCCUUUUUUAAAAAAAAGUUCUGAAAGAAUUAAAACUGUCUCAGAAAGGUUUAUGAGAAGAACAUAAAGAGAAGGAAAAAAAAUUCCCCACAAUAGUAGGAAAGAUGGAAGCGCACUUACAACUAGUUAGCCAAAAUUUAGCUCCAAGCUACGACAGCUAUAAUUAUUGAGAUCGAAUAAAAGAGAACCACAACUAUUCCCCCACCCGCAAGCCCACCUUCCCUUGACUAGGUUUUUAUAUAUAUAUAUCUAUUUUAAAGACAAAACAUGAAUUUUGGAAGGGAAUGCGUAUUUCUUGGAGGGAGAAGGAAUUGUGUCUAAGACACAACACAGUUUUGAUGAAAACACACAUACACACACGCACACAAAACCACACAUAGGGUUUCAUCACAAAGUGAACUUUUUUGUAAUUUGAAUGAAAAUUGGGUUCCGCCUAGUUGUCCUAAAUUGUUACCAAGUUCCUCUAUCUGUUUGUAUAUUUGCAAGCUCUUUGUAUUAUAAUACUUGUUGAUAUUUUCCCUUUUUUUAAAGAAAAAAGAAAAAAAAACCAUUGAAUUCAGCAUGACAAAAAAAAUAACACUACUGUUGGCACUUAUAGAUAAUGUGGUUGAUUCAGUAUCUUAGAGUUUACAGUUUUUGUGUUUUAAAGAAAAAAAAAGCUGAAGGGUUUUUUUUUUUAAGUGCAACAUUUCUGUAUACUGUAAAAGUUAUAAUAACUGAAAACUGUUUGGUCCAGUCUUUGUGUGUUAUAUUCCAAGGAAAAAUUGAAAGUAUUCAGAAAUUAAAAUAUUAUUUGAUAUCUGACACCUUGUAUGGCUCUCCUAAAUGUCUUGGGGUAAAAUAUUCCUAUUUAUUCUUCUGUUGAAGAGGUUUUGGUCCUUGGAUAGAUAGAUAGACUCUGCUUCAAAAUCGGCUUGCAACACAAUAGGUGUUGUUUGUGUGUGUUUCCUGUAAAAUAGAUGGUGGUGGUUUGGUGGUGAUGGUGAGAUGUUCCAGCUUCAGCUCCUGGUUUAAUUGUGGCUUCAUGAGGUCUCCAACCUGAUCCUCAAUAUGUUUGCCCCCAAAUAAUUUUCACAACCUGUGCGUAGAGUACAUAGGAUUACAACCUAAGAUGGCAACAUUUCCUUUCCUCUUAUCCUCUUGAUAAUUACAAAAAAUAAUACUAGUAAUAAUAACUGCAGAGGGGAUGGUUAAAAGAGCAAUGACCUGUUAAUUCUGUCACACUUAAGUGCCUACAAAGAACUGAUAUACACACGUACACAGAAACACACACAUGUAUGUAUGUAUGUAUGUAUGUAUUGUGAGUAUAUAAUCUGGUUCAAGCAAAGUGGCAUUAUUGAAAAUGUAGGUCAGUUGUUUGCUCUGAAUCCCAAUGUCUGUGACAUAGAGAAGAACUCUGGAAUUGUUGUGUGCUGGUUGUCACUGAGAGAUCUUUUCAACUCAGAAGUGAAUUUGCAUAGUUUCCUCCCCAUUUCUCUUCUUUUAGAGAGCCAAAGAUUCUCAGACCAUAAGACAGAAUGUACAAGUUGUGUGUGUGUUUGUAGGCACCUAGCAUUAUAAAAGAAGGACUUAUAAUAAUGCAUUCUGAGUCUAACUAUAAUUAGGAAUAAGUAUGAUUGAUUCCAAAAGACGCUGCACUUAAGGCUGCAGUCCUAUGUUAGGAGCAAGCCCCGCUGAAUACAAUGGGAUUUAUCCCGAAGGAAGCACACAGGAGAUUGUGCUGUAUAUAGUAGUGUAUUUGGUUCAACCCAACAUAUUGAGUAAAAGGCCAGAUUCCCACUGAAAUUAUUGGCUCCAGUAUCUGUUGCCCUCAAAUUACGGUACUCAACAACGCUUCCUCCGUCCCCUCCUACAGUCAACUUUUCUUACUCUCCCUGCGCUUCAGCUCUCCAAAGCAGGUUGACAAAAACUCUGAUGUCUUGUGAAUUUGAGUGGGAGGAGGGAAGUAUAGAGGGUGUACUCAAAACAGCCCCUUGUCCCCUCUUCUAAGGCUUUCUGCCCCCACCCCAGCCACACAUUCUGACCCAUGCAUACAUACAUACUGAAAGAUCCCACCAGUUUGUGAACUACACUCCAUCUCUGGCUUGCUUCAGUUCCAGGCAUAUGGACCAGACAUUGUUUUUAUUUAUUUAUUUUCGAGGAAUGGGUGUACUCUUUGCGAAUGGCUGCAAAUGAUUAUUUUUCCUAUGAACCCAAGGCACUUUUGAGAUGCAUAGAUAAAUAUGCUUGCUGGUUUAGAGAGGAGAGUGAUCCUCCGGUUUUAGUGGUGCUUUUCGUGCUGGUUACUGUUUGCUACUCUAAAGGAUGUCUAUGUCUGUGAAUGAACUUAACAGGGGAACUUAACCCUUCUCUAACUUCACCUCGAAGGAUGUCCCUCUUUGGCCUGCUUGCUUUCCGUGUGUGGUGGUGUUUGUUCUUAAACAAUCGUUUAUUGCAAAUGUGUUUCCUGGCAUAUUGCAACUUAAUGAUGUUCAGCUCCUCAGAAAAGCCAUUUCUUGAUUUUUCUUCUUCUCUCCCUCUCCCCCCCCCUCCCCGCCAACCUUCAGACAUCUGGGCUGUUGCUCAGUUGUUCUUCCUCUAUAUACCUGUCUCUCUUGGCGUUGCUUUCCCUCCGCUCCCUCGCUUCCCCACGUUCACUUCCUAAUCGAGCUUGGACUGGAGAGAUGGCGGCAGAAAAGAGCUGAAUGUAAAAGGGGUUCAACAAAAACCCAGUUCCAGCCACCACUACCACCACCCCGCCAUUCCACUUUCCUUCUUCUCCCUCGGUAAAUUUUCCAUUCCAUUCCCCUUCCCUCUGUCUCUGUCUCCAUAUAUGCAUCCAUAUAUUUGGAAAGGCUCCGAGGUGGAGUUGUUUAAAGGCUUUCAGAUAGGUGUGAGUUUAUGGCAUUUAAGGAAAGUUUUUCUUUGCCUGCUGACUUAGAACAAAGGAGCUCCCCCCGAGCAAUUGAGCCGGACAAAGGAAGUGGGCCUGGACUCAGAAGGAGUCCUAUGUGAAAUUGACUAGCUCUUAUAAAAAAGCUGCUAAAUACGAGCAACUCUUUCUCUUGAAGUGUCCGGAGAUUUCCCUCAACCCUCCCUCUCUAGGGUGGUUGGAUUUCUUUUAAAAAUAAAAAUAAAUCUGAGUUCUUCCCCUUCCCAGCACCAGUGUUGGAAUUAUAAGUAAAAUUAUUAAAGUGACUCUCCACUUAAAGAACAGCAGGGGAAAGAGCCUUUGAAAUACGAUUGUUAUUAAUAAUGUUAUUAAAAGCACAUAUGGGAGAAGCUCUCUUUCCGCCCACUUCUCUCUCUCUCUCUCUCUCUCUCUCUCUCUCUCUCUCUCUUCACACACACACACACACACACACACACCCCUUCUAAUUUUCUCUCUCCUUCGUCCUGCCCUCUAGCAAUUAACUUCACUAUACUGGACCGGGUGAAGGGAGAGGGGGAAUCUUAUUCCGAAAGUUAAAGCAUAAGGGUUUGGUGGAUCGAGCUUGCCUUAGGACAAGACAGGGCGAGGAUCGCGCGGAGAAUAAUGGAGGCUUUGAAACGCACGCCAGCGAGCGGUAGCAUACACGCAACUCGCGCGCAGGCCGGUUUAAAAGGUUACUCGCUGCGGAUUGCGUUCACUCCGCUUGUCUGACGCUAGAUCUCACGCUCUUUCUCGGUUCCCCACCCCCAACCCCGUAGCAAUUACUGGAGAGACAGCAGAUCGUUCCUCUUAAAGAGUGGAUUCGUCCUCCUCAGUGCCUUUUUUUUGCGGGGAGGGGAGGAAAUAUGUUUGCGGUGUGUGUUUGGGGACGGGGAGUAGAUAAAGCGUGUGAAACUAUUGCCUUGAAGCUGGGUUGUCCUAUUAACUCAGCCAACAUGGCGUCUCCCAGAAGUGUACUGCAGAGAGAGAGAGAGAGAGAGAGUGUGUGUCCUGCUAAGCAAAAGGAAUCGCGUUGUGAUGAGGAGAGAGAUCUUUCUCUUCAUCCUCGUAAUAAGUCAGGAGGAGGCUGGUAUUUAAACGCAUACACAAGGCUGCAGGCAGCGGGGCACCUCUCUGCAAAAACUCCCAAGCCAGCAAUCGAGUCAAGGCAAGUCCAGUGGUUAGCUGUGGAUUUAAAGAAGCAAGGAUGUGCGCGUUGAAGGGGGGAGAUAUUACAAACCCUCCACAGCUACACUGUCCAGUUCUCCAUCACAGGAUUCCGAAUACCUAAACUUGUGGUGCUCUCCCUCCCUCCCUCCCCCCCCCCCUAUCUCUAGCAGAUCUCGAAAUAGAUAGAUUGGGCUUCAAGGUGCUUUUCAGAUAGGGUGGCUCACACGUGCAUCUAUCCCUUGAUGUCAUGCUCCUAAUCCGUGGGUAGAGGAAUUCAGUGUGAAUAGAAUCCGUCCACAACCUCUUGAAAUCCAUUCUUGGUCACAGGAUCACUCACUUCAAAUGUGGAAUUACUUUGCUUAGUACAUUUAUACACUUAGGUGGGGAAAUCUGUGGACAGGGCUUGAGCGGGUAUCUAGGAAAUAUUUGGAGGAAAAUGCCCGCCUUCUCGCCUCUCUUCAAUCUAGCAUAGGAGUUGGGGGUUGGUUCCCCCACCCGAUUCUAGGAUAAGGUUUAUUUUCCUAUCGUCUUCCGUUUGGGGAAGGGACUUAAAAGAGAUUUGCUGAGGUGGUCUGGCGUUAGGUAUCCGCAGAGGGGCGGACAGACGUGACUGAAGACAUCCGUAUUGCAAAGGCGAAGGGGUGGGCGGAGAGGGGCUCUCUUUCAGCUUAGGGUACAUGUCCGAAUCUAAAUUACCUGGGAACUCAGCUUGUUUUAAAAGCAUCCCCUUCUUAAGCUCCACGACCACUGGAGAAAGGGGGGGGGAGAAUCCCUCUGCAGAGCGUUAUUUAAUUUUUUUAAAAAGAAGUGAUGAAGCGUUUUUGUGCUUGUGUGUGUUGUCAAUCUCUUAACAAAAGGUGCUCUUUAAAGGAAUGGCGUUGGGAGCUUGAUCUGCAGCGAGAAACCCAAAAAUCAAUGAAUUAUUAUUAAUAUUUUAGGGAAAAGGGGGGGAGAGCGUGUCUUGUCUACAUAGAAGAGAGACGGUUCUUGACGAAGAUGGAGGCCUUCUUAGAGUCUAUUGAAAAGGGAGGAUAGGAGUUUACAAGAGGGGAAAAGUGCUUCUGAUCAUCCCCUCCCUCCGUCCGCAUUUUCUCCUCUAUCUGUUAAGCUUCCCGCAGCGCGGCUGUCUACUUAAUGGCAAAUUUUUACCUCGUUGCGGUCAUUUUAAAAAACGCUUAGUCCUAGUUGUUUGUUUGUCACAGGAACUUCUAGGUGCCCCCUCCCACCCCCACCCCGUCGCCCCAGUUUAGGAAUGAAUGUUUUGGUAUUUAUUUGGAAAGAAGUUUGCGAUCCUUCCUGCUUGUCCCUUAGAGUAAACACCACGAAAGAGAACAGUUGCUGAAUUUGCGUAAACAUGCGUUAAGAGUGUUGUGUUUUAUAUUUUUU